CGGAGGAGUCGUGCGUAACUGGAGACAGAUUUCACUCCAUUUUGCGCUGGGACUGUGAGGACCACUGGCGGUGCAUCAUUCUCUGUGCAGACUGGACUCAACAAGAAGGAUACUGGACUCUCGACCCACGUCUCUCCCUUAAAUUUCUUAUCAUCCAGCAAUCGAUUCUUUUUGUUUCCCUCUUUUCUGUACAUUACGCCUUAGUGCGUCAGCGCUGUCAUGACCACAGAGACCCCUCAACAGCAGCUGGAUCCUCCUCAUCGAUCGAGCCCGUCCACGGGAGUGUUGCACCCCGCCAUGCUGAGCCCACAAGCCGCUUCAGACAGCCCCUCCGUGGUCAAAGGUAAAAAGUCCAGUUCAGGGCUGCGGCGGCCGGAAAAGCCCCCUUACUCCUAUAUCGCGCUCAUCGUCAUGGCAAUCCAGAGCUCUCCGAGCAAACGGCUAACUCUCAGUGAAAUAUAUCAGUUCCUGCAGGCUCGGUUCCCCUUUUUCCGUGGCUCGUACCAGGGCUGGAAAAAUUCCGUGCGCCACAACUUAUCUCUGAACGAGUGUUUUAUCAAACUGCCCAAAGGCUUGGGCCGUCCAGGUAAGGGCCACUACUGGACCAUCGACCCCGGCAGUGAGUUCAUGUUUGAGGAGGGCUCGUUUCGGCGCAGACCACGGGGGUUCAGGAGGAAGUGCCAGGCUCUCAAGCCCAUGUACCGCAUGAUGAACGGCAUAGGGUUCGGGACGUCCAUUCUGCCACAGAGCUUUGACUUCCAGCCGCAGUCCAGCCUAUGCCCCAGUAACGGCUACGGCCUGGACAUGAUGAACAGCUCAAUGAGCGGCGGAUACGACCACCACGUGGCCCACAUGUCACCGAGCCCCGGGUCCACGUACAUGGCCAGCUGUCCAGUGCCGCCCAGCGGUGACUACGGCGCGGACAGCAGCAGUAGCCCGGUACCGUCUUCCCCCGCAAUGGCCAGCGCACUAGACGGGCACUCGCCAUACACGAGCUCCUCUGCGCACUGGGCGUCAGCCAGCGGCUCUCCGUACAUCAAGCAACAGCCACUGGCCUCCAGCAGCCCAGCAUCCACCGCACUGCACUCUGGGAUGUCACCCUAUUCUCUGGAGCAGAGCUACCUGCACCAGAACCGGGACAGCCACAGCGACAUCUCAGUGGGCAUCCCUCGUUACCAGAGUCACUCCUCUGUGUGCGACAGGAAGGACUUUGUGUUGAACUUUAACGGCAUCUCCUCUUUUCAUCCAUCCGCAUCGAGCUCUUACUAUCACCACCAUCACCACCACCACCCCCAGAGCGUGUGCCAGGACGUCAAACCGUGCGUCAUGUGAGCGCGCGCUUUGUUGGACUUGAAGACAAAUAUCCCCGGGACGCAGUGUGACUGUGACCUGAGGACACACUCCUGAGGACACACUCCUGAGGACACACUCCUGAGGACACACUCCUGAGGACACACUCCUGAGGACACACUCCUGGCCCUGUCCAGGCAUGUUUAUGAAGGACAUCCAAGCGUGCCUUUGCGCCAAAGCCUCUUUACCCGAAUAUGCACCGAACAAACGUGGAUCAACCAACUCCCGGAGCCUUUCAGAAACCACUCUGCCUUUUCCAAGCAGCCUUAAGACACUUUUGUGUUUGCUUUUGUAACAAUUAUCAUAUCUGUAUUUGUGUUUAUUUCUGUAUAGUAACACACGCGACGCUUUCAACGUGAACGGCAUCAAACCUUGCACUUAUUGUAUAACCAUUUGGCAACUUCUGCCCUGUAAACGGUUUCAAUAAAA